CGUUUCAACUUCCCCGAGGGGUUUCCACCAAGACGUGGUGGCUAUGCCCUAGCAUACUUCGAGUGUGAAGGCAAGUUGGGGAAGAUGUAUGGUGGAUAUCCUAACUGUGCUUUGGUGAAGCUUUAUGCCAAGCUCGGCCUUCAUCGUUACAAUUGGUUAGAGGGGACAAACUUCCAGUUAGAUAGAUUAAAGAGAUUCAACAUUAGCGCUGCAACUGCUUACUACAUAACUUUGGUUGCACGCCUUCCAACCAGCGACUUGCAGCAAAUCUUUCAGUUGAAUGAAUCUGAGUUGCGAUGCAGUGAUUGGAUUUCUUUGUAUGUGGAACUUGCAAUUUGUACUUCCCAUAGACGUAUUAGAGCUAGGGAUCUCUCUAAGUUUGAGAUAGAGAUUGUUCAAGUAGCCAAAAAAUCUCUCGAUGAUAAGGAGCCCCCAAGUCUCAAGUCUAAAGCUGUUGUCAUUUACAUAACUUAUAAAGACUUGGUCAAGUCUCUUCGGAUUGGUGAGCCUUGUCUUUGCAAAGCUAUUGUUAGGCGAGUCGUCAAUGAGACUAAGGGAAUAUUGAGUAUCCAAGGUGAUUGCUGGAAUGAUCUUCUAAGAAGUAUUCUAAGAAGGGAUCUCGAAUCUUUAGGCGUCGCUUAG